CCUAUAUGUUAAAUUUUAAUUAAUUAUUUACUUGAGAAAUUCAUUUUGUGGGUAUUGCAUUGCAGAGUGAGCUUAAAAACCUGAGUCUCGAAAGGCAGUGAAAAUUCCAAUGGCUACUGCUGCAGUCACCUCCUUCUCUCUGUUUAGGAAUUGUGCAGCAACAACUGUGAGAGCUUUUGUGACAGUGAAAGCCUCGAACCCCAAUUUCACAACUUCCCUUCUUCCUCUCCACUCUCGCAGAUCCCUGUGCCGUGUUAGCGCUACAAACAACGAGGAGGCUGCUGCAAAAGUAGCUGCAGUGAAUGCCGACACUGGAGCUCCAACAAUAUUUGACAAGAUCAUAGCUAAGGAAAUCCCAUCAAGCAUUGUAUAUGAGGAUGAUCUGGUCCUGGCAUUCCGUGAUAUCAAUCCGCAGGCUCCUGUUCACGUUUUAGUCAUCCCAAAGUUCAGGGAUGGGUUAACCGGCCUGGGAAAGGCUGAACCAAGGCACACGGAAAUACUAGGCCAACUUCUCCAUGCUGCGAAAAUUGUGGCUGAGAGAGAAGGCAUUCUUGACGGAUUUCGGGUGGUUAUCAACAAUGGUGCAGAAGCAUGUCAAUCCGUUUAUCAUCUCCACUUGCACGUCCUUGGCGGAAGACAGCUGAAAUGGCCGCCUGGUUGAAGAUCUGAAGCUGAUGGCACACCCACAAAUUUUAAUCUUCAUGUGAUAUGAUGAACGUGUUGUGGGGAGUUCCUUACGCAGGAUGUUAGAACACUUCGAUGAAACGACCAGAAGAGAUGAAACGACUAGAAGAGAUAAUAACCGGAGGCCUUUUACCAAACUCAGUUUGUGUAUUGUUUGUUUGAGUCUUGAUAAUGUGACUGAACUGGAAACAUGGUUCUCUUUUGUUUCAGUAUAUGAAUGUUGCCACAAAUGGCUGAGAUCGCAA